AUGAGUUCAACUCACCGUGCAACAUGCGUAAAACGACCAACCCGCCAAGAUUCAUCCGAUUCCGAUGAAACGUCAAUGACUUCUACUGCCAAAAAAGCUCUCCCAACCAAGACUCCAACCGAUUCAUCGUCGUCAAUCCGUUCGACUCGUCGGACGACCGGCGUCAAGCGGCCAGUCUACCACGAGUCAUCCUCUGAUGAUGAGUCGCCUGUGGCUGUGGCUCCUCCUGCCAAGAGAGCUCCACCCACCAAAACUUCAACUUCUUCAUCGCCACCAAUGUCCGAUUGGGAAAGAGAGAUGGAGGAAGCUCCAUCCUUUGACGAAGACGAGGAGACUCGACGCUUGGAAGAGUACGCCAACGAAGGCAAGGUCAAUCACCAGAGUGAUCUCUCGGUUGCCACCACAGCAAAGGAGAGAGGAUCUUCAAUGGCCACUCCAAAGCGAAAGCAUAAAAAGCAAAAUCCGGAGUCCACUCGUGCGAAGAAGGAAAAGGAAAGCGGAGUAUUGAAGGAAACGGAGAAGACGGACAAAAAUUCCGCUAAAACUCCCGCCAAAGCUCCCGUCAGAACUCCCGCCGACAUCAAACGAAGAUUAUCGCUUUACCGGAGCAUGUACGGGAAGCAACACGAAGGUGAAACCGAUGAAGAUUAUCUGCGGAGAGUCGAGGAGCUGCCGGAUGAUGAGAUGUCGGAACGGUCAAAAGCCACCCCGAAACGGCAUAACGUUCGACCAGUCUUCGACGAUUCUCCACCCAGGCAGAAGAAACCGACCACUUCGGAUCAAGGAUCCAGUUCCAGUUCGUCGGUUUCAAAAGGACAAGGAGAGAAAUGGUCGGUUUCCGAGGCACUGGCUCAACUCGGAUACUCGACAACAUCCUCGAAAACGGUCGUACAGGCAAUCGAUCAUGUUGGCGGAUCAAAGAAAUUGGAAGCGUUGAAAGCGCCGACACAGUUGGCCCAAACACAAAUUCUACACCGUCACACUGCUAUUGACAAACCGAUUCCCAACGCAGCUCAAGCCACAAACGGCCACAAUGGGGGACCAAAGAAUGUCGAGAAGUUGGUGAUGCCACAGAUGGACGAAACACCGAUUUUGCCACGCCAGGCUCAACCGUCGAUUCGUCCCGCCCACAUGAGCCGCAAGGAGGUAUUUGAGAGGAGAUCGAAAUCAUCAGAGGAAGAAGAAGCCAUUCAACGAAAUCCCACCGUCUCCCUUGGAGCACCAUCAACUUCCAAUCAGACUCCACUUCGAUCACGAACAGAAGUUCAACUACCCCCCACAAAUUUGCUCUCCGAAGCAGAUUACGAUUCAUUGGAGCAAUUCUUAGGUGCUCUUAGGAAUGCUGAAUUCGGCGAAGAUCCCAUGGAAAGAGCAAAAGCCCUUCUCACGCCACACGCGAGAGCGUUGGCAGGUUAUUCUGCACAGCCAGCUGCAAAGAAAUCAGCCGCGCCCGUUGGAGAAGAGGCGGUUGAAGCAUCCAAGCCGAGGCGCAGCAGUCGGAUGGUCACCCCACGCUACAACCUGAACAAGGACGACUUUGGAGAAGGCGAUAGCGAUGAGGAUUACGUGGACGAAGAUGCGGAGGAGGAGAAAAAGAGGAAGAAGGCUGAGGAAAAGCAUCUUGCAAAGCUCAAAAAAGAUGCGAUACAACUGCUGAAAAAUGAGGAGAGGAGAGAACGGAGACGAGUGAAAAAGGAGAUUCGGGAACAGGCGAAAAGAGAUCAGAGACAGGUGGAGAAAGCAAUGAAGAAGAAAAGGAGAGAAGAUUUGAAAGCACAAGAUCAGGCACGAAUCGAUCAAGAGAAGGAGGCAGAGAGGACUCGAAAGAAGAAUAUCAAAGAUGCAGAGGAUAAGAAACGAAAGGAAGCCGCAGCCAUCAGAAAGCUCCAGUCUUUCUUCAGCAAAAGAAAUACCACAGCUGGUGAGAACAUCAAGGCGAUCCAGCGCCUUGCGAAAAGACAGGCUCGUCAAGCUAGAGCUGACAAGAAGCAAGCCGUUCCCUCUUUCAAUUCAAAGGAAAGAGCCUCUCGAUCAUUCUCUGCUGACGGACGUCGCAAGGAUUUGGAGGACGUCACCGCUGUCACUGCCACACCACCAAAAUGGUUGUACUGGACCAUGCUCAGAGAUGCCAAGAAGAUCAUGAGGAGCAACUACGGAAAGGUUGCGAAGUUCGCGAUGGAUACUUCCAACCUUGUCGAGGAGCAUUAUCUCUCCUUCCUUCCGGAUCCAUUCGCCAAGGCAGCUGCUCUUCGCUUCGAUUGGGCGAAGGAAACCAAUUGGGGAAGCGCUCCUGAUGCCGAUUAUUGCCUGAAUCUCUCUCCGGAAGAGCUCUACACCGGCUACGGAACCGCCUUCACUCCACUUGAUCAAAGCAACAAGGCUUCUUCGUACUCCGGACUGAAAGUCACGAAGUCGGACCACAUCUUGAAGUUCGCCCAGUUCUUAAAGAUGUUCCCUCUACGAAAAAUGGAACUGAAGGUCGUCAAGGAGAUCAAUUUGACGAAGAGAAUUCCAUCGUUGGAAUAUUUCGUUGAGAAAUUCAUCUUCCUAUUCAAAGUCUGGAAGAUCUCCAAUAAAGAUACACCCUAUCCACGGGUGUAUCACUAUUUCCUGCACGUUGUCUCCAACAUCAUGGACAUCAAAAUCGGAAGACUUGAAUACAACGAUUCCAUUCCAGAGGACGAAGAAACUCGUUUCAACUUGGUCAGGGACCUUCUCUUCUGGCUCCCUCUUCAUAUCGGUGAUCUCACCGACAAAAUCCACUCACCAAGAGAGUGCUUUGUUGGUCUGGCUCGCCAACUACUCGCCGUCUUGGUCGACGAGUGGAUCGUCGAGUGCGCCGAAGUGCACGAGGAGGAGUUGCAGGUCCUGUUCCGCCUGCAACUGGCAGCACUCCGACUUGAGUGCUACGACGUCUUCAACGAGGAGACCCCAGUCGACCCAGCGCCGUUCUUCCGUCCUGCCGCAUCUCAAAAUGGAUUCAUUGCUGGAUGGAUCGAUCAACAAAGACCGAAGAUGUCGGUCAUCGAGGCAAUGAGGCUGCCAAAGGAAUCAAUGAAGAGGAAGCUCCGUCGCCGGCAUCAAAGUUUCUCCGAAUUCAAAGAUAUUGUGGAGACUGUGGAACCCAUCCAGGUGCGCAGAGCUCCCCGGUUCUUUGACCCGGACCCAACCAGCUAUUUCAAUAGCGUCCGAGGUCAAGAGUUCUAA